GGAACUGAUGCAACUGCACAUCGAGGAAAAACCAUCAGCAUCCUGCACUGCUAACACACCCGUCAAACUCAUUUAUUUUAAUUUAUUGGUAACCCGAAGAUGCCAGUAAUUCGUGCCCUGAGCAAGGUGGCUAAGCAAGCCCUUCAGACCCCUGGAUGUGGAUGCCAGGUUUCAGCGGUGGCUGUGCGCCACAUCAGCUUCUCCCCCCGCCAAGUCACCUCUGGCUCAGACGCCAGCUUUCACUCUGUGUCCUUUUCUGAAACGGAUCACCCCAGAGUCCUUAUCACGGGCGGCCUUGGGCAACUGGGUGUGGGACUUGCCAAGCUACUGCGGAUGAGGUUUGGAAAGAACAAUGUGAUCCUUUCAGAUAUCAGGAAACCUCCCACCCAUGUCUUUCACAGCGGUCCCUUCAUCUACUCUGACAUUCUGGACUACAAGAACCUGCGAGAAAUUGUGGUCAACAACCGGAUCACCUGGUUGGUGCAUUACAGCGCCCUUCUAAGUGCUGUAGGAGAAGCCAACGUGCCCUUGGCUCGUGCUGUUAACAUCACUGGUCUUCACAACAUCCUGGACAUUGCUGCGGAGCACGGGCUUCGACUGUUCGUUCCCAGCACCAUUGGUGCCUUUGGUCCCACUUCUCCCCGAAACCCGACCCCUGACCUGUGUGUGCAGCGACCUCGCACCAUAUACGGUGUCUCAAAGGUUCACGCUGAGCUGAUGGGAGAGUACUACCAUCACCGGUAUGGCCUUGACUUCCGCUGCCUCCGCUACCCAGGCAUCAUCUCUGCAGAUUCCCAGCCUGGAGGUGGUACGACAGAUUACGCUGUGCAGAUUUUUCAUGACGCCGUCAAGACCGGCAAAUUUGAGUGCAACCUGAAGCCAGACACCCGUCUUCCCAUGAUGUACAUUGACGACUGCUUGAGGGCUACACUUGAGGUCAUGGAAGCACCAGCAGAGACGCUGUCCAUGCGCACCUAUAACAUCAACGCCAUGAGCUUCACUCCUGAGGAACUGGCACAGGAGGUGCAGAAACAGCUGCCUGACCUGCAGGUCUCAUACGAAAUCGACACUGUACGACAGGCAAUUGCUGACAGUUGGCCAAUGAACUUCGAUGACACCAAUGCUCGUAACGACUGGGGCUGGAAACAUGAUUAUGACCUGCCGGAGCUGGUGCAGACUAUGCUCAACUUUAUCGGCUCAGAGUCUAGAGUAGCCCAAGCCAACUGAAUCCAGUUCAGGACAACAGACACUUGUACAUAUAUAUUUAAAAAAGUAUAAUUGAAGAGAAAUCUAUAGCCUGUAAAUAGUCUUUGCUCUCUUUUUUUAUUUUUAAAGGGUCCUGCUUGGCUAGCUUAUGUAACCAAGAAAAUAAUAUAUAAUAUAUAAAAUAUAAAUUUCAUACAAUCUGCUGGGUUUUUUCAGCCACCUACUGUAUCAGCAAUAUGUAGAAAAACCUUCAGAUAAUGAUGUGUGCUCAGCUCCUGUCUAGGGGUUGGAGGUGUCAGAGUCUAGCAAAAUUUAGGGGUUUUCUUGCGCCUACACACCUGAUUUAGGUUUAGUAAAUGAAGCCAGGCAGGAAAAUCUUUAAACUGUGCAUGACUGGAACUUUUUGGACCAUACUUUUGCCCAGGUAGUUUGGUGCUUAUAUAUUUUGUAUUUGUUGUUUUAUACUUCUCAUUGCCUUAAUUCUUUGAGGGAAAAAUUGAAUAAUACUAAUGCAAAAUUGAUGAAUCAAUCAAAUGUAUGAAAGCUGUUUUAUCGAAAUUUUCUUUUAUAUUUAUAACAGUGAUUAAAAAAAAAAAAACAUUGGCCAACAUAUUGCAUGUUCAGAGGACACAAGUAAUAAAGAAAACAAGUAAUAAACCUUAACAAGAGUCGACCUGCUGACAUGUUUUUGGUGUAGUGAGGGUAACCAAAGUACUAGUAUGGAUGAGGGUCCAUCUCCGUCCAAACCAAGACCCCCCAGUCUCAAAACCACAUUUGAGACGUUAAACUCAUUAGCAGCACCUUUUCUCUGAUCCAUGUUUAUUUCAGUGUUUUACAAUGAGUGUAGACAUUUCUACUCAAAUAUUUUAUUACAAAUUGCAACAUGCUACCUGUAAUACACUCCUCAAAGCUUUAUUUUGGAUUUUGAAUCAUUUUAGGUAGUUUGCUUGUGUCUUCAAUGUGCAACUUUAAUCAUGCUUAGUUUCAUGGUUUCACCAACUUGAUUUGUAUGGGUAACUCAACCCAUUCUCUUCCAUUAGCUUUGCGUUAGCUUCUUUUGUGUCUUUCAUAUUUUUUGCAGUCAUGUAUACACUUCUUGUGUUUUAUUUUAUUAAAGAAAACCAGUGGGACGUUGGGAUGUUUAGUGUAAAGCGAUUAAUACAUCAUGUAGUUUGUGAACCCUUUACACAACUCAUGAUCAUUACAAUAUGUGUGCACUGUAGUGGUUGAGUUGUAAAAGUUCGGUAUCGUGCACUAGGAUUAAGGGUCAUAAGUAAAGCAACGCAGCUUGUUGCAAGGAGGUUGGGGUGGCAAGUAAUUCGAAAUGAUUAUUGUAAUUAAUAGCUUACCUUUAAAGAAACAGUUAGAAUAUUAUGAGGUGACUAGCGUAAUAUUAACAGAAAUAUUAAUAGAACUUCUUAGCUAACUUGAUUCUAUGAUUUAUUGUGCUUAAUGAAGGACAGUAUUUGCAUUAUCAGCCCAAAUGUCAUGUAACGAAAUAAAUGAUUACAAAAUUGUACAUUUAAUGUAUGUUUUUCAACCAUAAUUAAAUAACUGGGUUUACUUUUGCCAACCUGUCAUUGAAAGACUUGCCUAUGGACUUAAAGGUCCCAAAUAUUAAUAGAACUUGGUCUUAGCUAACUUAAUUCUGUGAUUUACUGUACUUACUAAAAGUCAGUAUUUGCAUAUCAGCCACAAUUGUCAUGUAACCACAGAAUGAUUCCAAAACUGUACAUUUAAUGUAUGUUAAAGCCACAGUUAAAUGACUUUGUUUACUAUGGCCACACUGUUCUUCAAGGUGUUGGCUAAAAGGGUGGGUCGAAAUGAAAGCUGGGGCCUCCCUGAUACCCUGAUAAGCGGAGUAAUAUGUGUCCUUCUUACUGCUUUUCAUGUGCACUAUUUAUCUAUUUAUUUAGUUUGAUAAAAAUAAUUGGCUUCAUAUAAGCUCACUAUUUAAAUCAUUUGUAGAUGGGAAGUUUGUCAUUUUAUGUUUCUGUUCACAAAAGAUACAUGAUUAAAGCAUUUUUUCAAUA